AUGGAUGAUCGUCUUACCGCUAAGCACCGCGCACUUUACACACAACUCACUGCUCAACAACGCACUGCCGCGCAUAAUUAUGCUGCGUUCGAGUCAUCGUUCGAGGCGUUGAAGCAGCCCACCAUCCGAGUGGUGGCCAUCAUCGCAGAGGGCGUGCCGGAGGCCGACACCAAGACGCUCAUCGCCUACGCGCGCGCCAACAACAAGGUGAUUAUUGGCCCGGCAACGGUGGGUGGCAUCCAGGCAGGAGCGUUCAAGAUUGGCGACACAGCGGGCACGCUGGACAACAUCAUCAGCUGCAAGCUCUACCGCCCUGGCUCCGUCGGCUUCGUCUCCAAGUCGGGAGGCAUGUCGAACGAGAUGUACAACGUGCUGGCGCGCACUACAGAUGGGCUCUACGAAGGUAUCGCCAUUGGCGGUGAUGGCUUCCCUGGCUCCACGCUCUCAGACCACGUCUUGAGAUUUAACAACAUUCCGCAGAUCCGAAUGAUAGUGGUGUUGGGCGAGCUGGGCGGUGCGGACGAGUACUCACUGGUGGAGGCGCUGAAGGAGGGGCGCGUGAACAAGCCCGUGGUGGCGUGGGUCAGUGGCACCUGCGCCACUCUCUUCAAGUCCGAAGUGCAGUUCGGCCACGCUGGCGCCAAGAGCGGAGGGGAGAGCGAGUCAGCACAGGCAAAGAACGCGGCACUGAAGGCAGCGGGCGCCAUCGUGCCGACGUCGUUUGAGGACCUGGAGACUGUCAUCCGCGCCACGUAUGAGAAGCUCGUGGCAGAGGGUGCCAUCCAGCCAGUGGCAGAGAAGCAGCCGCCCACAGUGCCGGAGGACCUCACAGCGGCCAUCAAGGCGGGCAAAGUGCGCGCCCCCACCCACAUCGUCUCCACCAUCUGUGACGACAGAGGCGAGGAGCCCACAUACGCAGGGGUGCCCAUCUCGACCAUAGUGGAGAAGGGCUUUGGGGUGGGCGACGUCAUGUGCCUGCUCUGGUUCAAGCGCUCCCUCCCCGCCUACUGCACCAAGUUCAUUGAGAUGUGUGUGGUGCUGUGUGCGGAUCACGGUCCAUGUGUGUCGGGCGCGCACAACUCCAUCGUAACCUCGCGAGCCGGCAAGGACCUCAUCUCCUGCCUCGUCUCUGGUGCGUCCUCCUCCGUUCCCUUUUUGCCAACCGUACCACCACUUGGUGUUGCAACAGUGCUGCGGCCGUCUGAUCCUCUUCCAUGCUUGUCACUCCUCAUGACCUCACUGCUGGCCCUGCAGCCUGUUCUUGCGUGGCUGCUCACCAUCGGCCCGCGCUUUGGAGGCGCCAUUGAUGAUGCUGCGCGUUACUUCAAGGACGCUGUGGAGCGGGGGCUGAGUCCGUAUGACUUCGUGGAGGGAAUGAAGAGGAAGGGCAUCCGCGUGCCUGGCAUUGGCCAUCGCAUCAAGAGUCGUGACAACCGGGACAAACGUGUCGAGCUGCUCCAAGCCUACGCGCGUUCCUCCUUCCCUUCGGUGAAGCACAUGGACUACGCCGUGGCGGUGGAGACAUACACGCUCACCAAGGCGGCCAACCUGGUGCUCAACGUGGAUGGCUGCAUCGGCGCGCUCUUCCUGGACCUCCUCACGUCCUGUGCCAUGUUCACCAAGGAGGAGAUUGACGACAUCGUGGCCGUGGGGUAUUUGAACGGGCUCUUCGUGCUCUCCAGGAGCAUCGGGCUCAUCGGUGAGGCACGGUGUGGGUUGUUGGGGCGGCUGACUGGCAUGGCAAUCGAGGCGUUCCUGGACCUGCUCACGUCCUGCGCCAUGUUCACCAAGGAGGAGAUUGACAACUUAGUGGCUGUGGGGCACACGUUUGACCAGAAGCGCCUCAAGCAGCCGCUGUACCGCCACCCGUGGGAGGAUGUGCUGUACACCAAGUGA